CCUACUAUUCUCUCAGCUGGCUGUUAACUGUGUUUUUCCCCCCUUGCCUGUCUCCCCCUUUGCGUUGCAGUCCAGUGGUGCGCUCUGCUAAAGAGGCAGAGAAAGAGAGAGAGAGAAAAUAAAGCAAGGAUUGCUGAGAAGCAUCGCCAAUGCGGAAAUACAUGGACAUCACAUGUCCCUCUGAGUUCAUUUUUGUCCAAAGAUCUGGAAGCAUCGGAGGCUGCAGAAAGAUUGCAAUCAAAGACAUUGACUUUCCAAUCUAUUCUUUUUAGAGAGGUUUGCUUUGCAUUGCUUGGAUAAACAAAGACUGGCUGCCUUUUGGGUGCUAAUUGCAGAGGGAUCCGAUCUGCUCUUCAUUGUCAUCAAUAAUCACCCCCUUAUCUCUCCCUUCCCCCUCCCACCCCUUUCUCUUUCCCUUUCCCUUUCCUUUCUCUCCCCCCUCCCCUAGACCCCUCCCCUCCCCAUCUCUCCAUCAUCAUGGAUGUUCUGGCGAAUUACAGUAUAUUCCAGGAGCUGCAACUUGUCCACGAUACUGGUUAUUUCUCUUCGCAGCCUUCUUUAGAAGAAAACUGGCAGCAGACAUGCCUGGAGUUGGAGCGGUACCUCCAGACGGAACCCAAGAAGCUUUCGGACCCCUUGCUGGAGUGCGUGCUAAGCGCUACCUCUGCGGUCAGUGGCGAGGGGGACCUACCGGACUCUCUCCAACCCCUCGUGCUGAGGAAGCAAUUGGACAAAAGUCACCUGCCUUCCACCCCCACCUCUCCGCACAAGCUCCCACCGGAGGCGCCCUUCGCCCUGCAGACAACCGUGGAGCUGCUCACUGAGUCGCCGGCGCUGGUCAACCCGGCCCAGCUCAACGCCGUGACGUCACUGACGCCCCCCUCCUCGCCCGAGCUGGGCAGGCACCUGACCAAGCCACCUCACCCCACGGCCGGCGCCGAUGACGCCCCGGUGGUGAAGGUGGUCCCGCGGAAGGCGGGCCUCGGCCUGGUCAAGGCCUUGGCCAAGAGUGGACAGGGUGACCUGGAGGUGUCCGGCGACAACAAGAAGAGGGUUCACCGCUGCCAGUUUAACGACUGUCGGAAAGUUUACACCAAGAGCUCUCACUUGAAGGCCCACCAGAGGACGCACACAGGUGAGAAGCCCUACAAGUGCUCUUGGGAAGGCUGUGAGUGGAGGUUUGCACGCAGCGAUGAGCUGACCCGACACUAUCGGAAGCACACGGGAGCCAAGCCCUUCAAAUGCAACCACUGCGACAGGUGCUUCUCCCGAUCGGAUCACCUGGCCCUUCACAUGAAGCGACAUGUCUGAGCGGCAGGAGCCCACAGGAUACCAUGGCAUGACUGUUAGCGGGGGAAGGACCUCUUUGUGAAGAGCACAGACAUGUGGUUGCCUUAUUGCCAUGUUACCAUGAGCAUGUGCGCGUAUGCACGCUCUUUAAUCUCCAGAUGCAAACAACAUGCACUCUCUAUUUCUUGGCCUUGCCUUACCCAGUCGAUUAGACACUGCCAAACAACCGCUGACUUAAUUGCAUUUGGAUUUCUGUUGCCAUGGAAACCAAAGGGGAUUACAAACUUGACACCACUUUCCAAGCCUUUGCAGUGCGAGCGUGUAUAUCACCCGGCCUUCUGUUGAUUCCAUCACAUCCCGUUCUGCUCCAGAUACAAAUCAAAACAAUGGCAGGCCUCUGAAGACUGAUUAGCAGGCAUUUCAGGAGGAA